AUGCAAGGAUCGUCACCCUUUGGCGCCGCACACCAGUCCCCAUCCGUUCACUCGGGCUCUUACCUGCCCAAGCUGGAGGCCAACUUCAUGCGCGACUUCACAUGCUGUGGACAGGUCCUGCCGAACUUGCACGACCUCCUCCAGCACUACGAGGAGGCCCAUACGGACACGAGCACUAACGCUGCACGGAAUAAUAACUUUAAUCAGUUCUCACCCAUGAUGAUGCAGGCCGGCGCGGAUGACCGUAGUGGCUCCCGAACCACACCCGCGACCCCUGGCCAGACGACGGCCCACCCCUCACCUACCCGGUUGAACCGCCAGACUCCGGGUGCGUCGGCCAUGUCCCUCAUGAGUGCCCCGCAGGACACCCAGAUUGGCCUGGGCAUGGGCAACAUGCAGGACAACAUGCAGGACGAUAUGGAUGCCGUAGCCGACAUGGACGCCGUAGCCGACAUGGAGAUGGACGACGACACGGUCGGUACCAUGGAGCUCGACGAUAGCUCGCGCAUGCACCACACCCGCCACAUCUUUGGCCAGCAGCAGCGCCCUCAACUUCGCAUGGACACUGGCGGCAUCACUCAUGGCCUGCGCGCAUCCCAGCCUACCACGCCUGCCGGUGCCACCUUUGGCUUCCAGCACAACCCCACCGUAUCCUCGGUCAACACGCCCACCCUCUCCACCCAGCAGCGACAGAUGCCCCCGAUCACUCCGCAGCAGCAGCAACAGCAGCAUCAGCAUCAGCAGCAUCAGCAGCAUCAGCAGCAUCAGCAGCAGCUCCAGCAGAGUGGCCAGGCCGCCGAGAUCGGCAUGGACGACAUGGACGAGGACCUCCCCGGCAUGCCCAUGGGCGGAAGUGGCGGCCCCAGCGGCGACAUGAGCGACGUCGGCUACGGCGGCAGCGGAGGCAACCCGGAUACCACCUUCUGCAUCGACGACCCAGGCAAGCACCUCUUCAGCCCUAACGGCACCUUCGCUCCAGGCAGCAACAGCAGUAUCCAGGCCCAGCUGGCCCAGCUCGGGCUCAGCGAGUCGCAGAUGAGUGACCCUCAGGCUAGCAAGCUCAUCAUGCAGCAUCUCCAGUCCAUGAUGUUGGCGGAGGAACACAAGCCUUUCAAGUGUCCCGUCAUCGGAUGCGAAAAGGCCUACAAGAACCAGAAUGGUCUCAAGUAUCACAAGGCACAUGGCCACCAGACUCAACAGCUCCAUGAAAAUGGCGACGGUACCUUUUCCAUCGUGAAUCCAGAAACCAGCGCUCCCUACCCGGGAACUAUGGGGAUGGAAAAGGAGAAGCCCUUCAACUGCGAGACGUGCGGGAAGCGGUACAAGAACCUGAACGGUCUGAAAUACCACAAGGCGCACUCGCUCCCUUGCAACCCCGACUUCAAGCUUCAGGCAGAGGCUGCUGGGAUCAAGCUGCCUCAGCUGGGCCUCAACGGACCGAUACUUGAGAGUCCCAACAGGCAAAGCAACUUGGGAGAAGCACCGAUAGCGCUAUAG